AUGUCAGGCCUACAAAAUUAUAGUUCACAGUUACUUAAGUACACAAGACUUUUCAAUAAUGGCUGUGUCGCAAGUUUACGUUCAACUGCUACGUCAUCAUUUGAAAUGAUUCAACGAGAGAGAAAAGUGUCUGCAAACAAUUAUGAUCCUAGCUCCGUGGUUCUCUCCAGAGGAGAAGGGAUUUUCAUGUGGGAUGUUGAAGGAAAAAAAUAUUACGACUUUGUGGGAGGAUUGGCCACCCUUAAUCAGGGUCACUGUCAUCCAAAAAUUAUUAAUGCCAUGACAGAUCAAUUAAACAAACUUCAUCACACGACAAGAGCUAUAUUUCACGAUUCACUUUAUGAACUUAAUGAGUUCUUGACUGAACAAUUUGAUUAUGAAAAAGUUUUGAACAUGAAUACUGGUGUUGAGGGAGGAGAGUCUAGUAUCAAGAUUGCUAGAAAAUGGGGAUAUAGGGUGAAAAAAAUUAAACAUAAUCAAGCAGAAGUUGUAUCUGCUCAUGGUAACUUUUGGGGGCAAACAAUAGCCGCCAUUUCUGCAUCCACAGAUCCAACAUCUUGGAAUGAAUUUGGACCUUUUGUUCCUGGUUAUCAAAUAGUGUCUUAUGAUGAUUUAAAACAAUUUAUUGGAGAACCAUUGCAAGACGAAGCAGGAGCAGUUGUGCCUACUCUAGGCUACUUGAAAGGAGUUCGUGAGCUUUGCACAAAACACAACGUUCUUUGGAUUGAUGAUGAAAUAAUACAAGCUGGAUUGGGUAGAACCGGAAAAAUGUUAGCAGUCGAUUAUGAAAACGUUAAACCUGAUCUAUUGAUCCUGGGAAAAGCACUUUCCGGGGGAGUCUAUCCGAUGGAGUAUCCAAUUAUGUCUACUAGUUAA